CAUUAUCUAUGCUUCAUAUGCUUGAUCCGACGGUCUCCCAGAUAACUCAAUACCUCUAAGACUAUCACGAUCCCCAGUCCGUUGUUAGUGGUUCUGGUCGAGAAUAUUCAUAAAGGCACCGUCAGGACGCGAUGUCGUUGGGUUUGUGUCAAGGAGCAACCAUGGCUGCUUGUCAGAUUCCGUCAGCGUCAGUUAGGCUAGCGGCUACCAGUCAGCUCCACCCACCUGCCGGAUCCUCCAGACACUCGUCCUUCGCGCCGUCUACCUUCUCGUUUUCGUCUAGAGACGAGUUUUUCCGGCCAGGACAAGUGGCUCUGCUCAGAAGCAGGUUACCCGGUUCGCGUGGCUCAGGAUCGCGAGGAGCGAGACUAACGGUCAGGGCAGCGGCUGAUUACUACUCCACGCUCGGUGUUGCCAAGAACGCGACGAAACAAGACAUCAAGGGCGCGUACAGACGACUCGCUCGGCAGUACCAUCCCGACGUCAACAAGGAUCCUGGGGCUGAGGACAAGUUCAAGGAGAUCAGCACAGCUUACGAGGUGCUGUCUGACGACGAGAAGCGGCCACUGUACGAUCGGUUUGGGGAGGCGGGCGUAUCGGGGUCUGGUGGCAUGGGAGGGGCGGGAGCAUACACUUCGAACCCCUUCGACCUGUUCGAGUCCAUAUUCGGACCCGGUAUGGGCGCCGCUGCCAGGGGAGGCAUGGGCGGAAUGGGCGGCAUGGGAGGCGCUGCAGGUCCCCGGACCCGACAACCCGUUCCUGGCGACGAUGUGAAAAUGGAGAUGCCUCUGGAGUUCCGCGAGGUGAUCUUCGGCGCAGAGAAGACCAUCAACGUGGCGCACCUGGACGGCUGCAACGAGUGUGGCGGGUCGGGAGCCAAGGCUGGCACGUCCCCCCGCACGUGCCCCACCUGCCGGGGCAUGGGGCAGGUCAUGCAGACGCGGCAAACGGCCUUCGGCAUGUUCUCCUCGGUGUCCACGUGCUCCACGUGUAUGGGAGUGGGAGAGGUGAUAUCUGAGUUCUGCCGCAAGUGUGGGGGCGAGGGGCGGGUGCGCACGCGCAAGCCAGUGGUGAUCAACGUGCCGGCUGGGGUUGACUCGGGCACAGUGUUGCGAGUGAAGGGGGAAGGCGACGCCGGGAUGAGAGGGGGCAAGCGUGGCGACCUGUACGUGUUUGUGAAGGUGAAAGAGACGGCGGGCAUUCGCAGGGACGGCAUCAACCUCUACUCCAACGUCAGCGUUGACUACACUGACGCCAUCCUCGGCACUGUAGCCAAGGUGGCCACAGUAGACGGGGCGGCUGAACUGCGCGUGCCAGCAGGCACCCAACCGGGGGAUACGUUGGUGUUGGAGCGCAAGGGCGUGCCAAAGGUGGGGAAGAGCAACAUCCGCGGCGACCACUUCUUCCAAGUCAACGUCUCCAUCCCCAAACGAGUCAGCCCAACGGAGCGAGACCUGGUGGAGGAGCUGUCAGCCAUCCACAAGACGGGCAAGACUCGCACAGGCAUCACUGUGGAAGGAGCCAGGCCGCGUGGCUCCUCCUCAAGCUCAGCCAUCGAUGGGGAGGGCAUCGUCGACACGGUCAAGAAUGUUGUCUCUGGCAUAAAAAACUUCUUCAGUAAGUGAGCUGUGGUGUGGAGGAGGCUUUGUGCUUCGCUGUCGAAACAGUUUUGAACCAAUCAUUAGCUAGCUCUGAGAUCAUUGGCUUAGUUUGCGGAGAAUUCGUGCUGACCCGCAUAUUUAGCGCUUGGUGUGAGAGAUGGUUGUGUAUUUUAUUGUGCGGUUGAUUAUUACCAAGUGAGUGCUGUUUUCCAAC